CUAGGACAACUAGCAGAUCUGUUUCACUGCAGCGUACCGUAUAGUUUACAGCACGCGCUGAUUUCAGUGCUUCUUCUAGCGUAUAACACUUAAAAAAACGACGUGCCCCGAAGGAAAUAAUACUAUCUUCUUCAAGAGACCUUUUUAGUGAUCAACCCCUCCCCCUACCGUGCCACAGUAACUGAAAGGUAUCCUCCUACAAUCAGCAGACAAGUAGACAUAAUUCCUGAAGUGCCUACCUUCUACUGUGUCACAAUCGAAAAAAAAAUCAACUUCCGUACAGGGAUCACUGAUCUUUACAACCCAAUCGCGAAGGGAGAAAGCGCUCUCUUGUGCAAUUAGGUUGCACCGGGGCCUCUUGCGCUAGGUAGUGUGUGUGAGAGGUGACUCGUGAGUGCGCGUAGAAAGGCACGAGCAGCGAGCACGGAGUUAGAGUGUAUGUACGACUUGAACCGAACGUGAGCCAGCUACAGCAGCAGGAGGCGGGGGAGAGGAGAAAGGAGCUGCACUGAAGACGGGCAGCAAUGCAACGCUGAGUUGUAGCAAACCUAGAGGCUUGCAGAAGGGGACGGCAAAAGACUCAUUGCAGCUCGGGAAGACUAAUUUACUGUUUAUUGCUGAGCAGGAAUUGGGAAUAUAUACAUAUCCUCCCUCGAACAAAAAAUAAAAUAACAUUUGUCAGUAGUGCUGCUGUUCGAAUCUCACAGAGAAGGUGGAAAUAAUGUCCGAAAUAAAGCCGCUAGAACCGAAGUUGUCAACGCUGGAUAGGGUGGUGAAAGCUGUCCCCUUCCCACCAAAUCACCGGCUUACAGCAAAGGAGGUGUUUGACAAUGAAGGCAAACCUCGUGUGGAUGUCUUAAAGGCCCACCUCACAAAAGAAGGACGCUUGGAGGAAAGUGUAGCUUUACGGAUAAUAACAGAAGGCGCUGCAAUACUUAGGUCAGAAAAGAACUUACUAGAUAUAGAGGCCCCAGUGACAGUUUGUGGGGACAUCCAUGGACAGUUCUUUGACUUGAUGAAGCUGUUUGAAGUAGGAGGAUCUCCAGCUAACACGCGUUACCUUUUCCUGGGUGACUAUGUCGACAGAGGCUAUUUCAGUAUUGAAUGCGUGCUGUACUUGUGGGCCUUGAAAGUCCUUUACCCUAGAACACUGUUCUUACUGCGUGGAAACCAUGAAUGUAGACAUUUAACAGAAUAUUUUACAUUUAAACAAGAAUGUAAAAUCAAGUAUUCAGAACGAGUAUAUGAUGCAUGUAUGGAUGCCUUUGACUGCCUUCCUCUGGCUGCCCUAAUGAACCAACAGUUUCUCUGCGUGCAUGGAGGUUUGUCACCAGAAAUCAACACUUUAGAUGAUAUCAGAAAAUUAGACAGAUUUAAAGAACCUCCUGCAUACGGGCCAAUGUGUGAUCUCUUGUGGUCUGAUCCGUUGGAGGACUUUGGGAAUGAGAAGUCUCAGGAACAUUUCACUCACAACACAGUCAGGGGUUGCUCGUAUUUCUACAGUUACCCUGCUGUAUGUGAGUUCCUACAACACAAUAACUUGCUAUCAGUAAUCCGAGCUCAUGAAGCCCAGGAUGCCGGGUACCGUAUGUACAGGAAGAGUCAAACAACAGGUUUCCCUUCACUAAUUACAAUUUUUUCGGCACCAAACUAUCUAGACGUAUACAAUAAUAAAGCUGCAGUAUUGAAGUAUGAAAACAAUGUUAUGAACAUCAGGCAGUUCAACUGUUCUCCCCAUCCUUACUGGCUUCCAAACUUUAUGGAUGUUUUUACCUGGUCUUUACCAUUCGUUGGAGAAAAAGUGACAGAAAUGUUGGUAAAUGUGCUGAGCAUCUGUUCAAAUGAUGAACUUGAAGAGGAAGAGGGAUUUGAUGAAGACCAGCUUAUAUUUGGCCAGAAGAAAGGAGCAACAGCUGCUGCCCGAAAAGAAGUAAUCAAGAACAAGAUUCGUGCAAUUGGCAAGAUGGCCAGGGUAUUUUCUGUUCUGAGGGAGGAAAGUGAGAGUGUGCUCACACUGAAAGGGCUGACUCCGACAGGAAUGCUACCUAGCGGUGUGCUGUCUGGAGGGAAACAAACACUGCAAAAUGAAUGUUCAGCUACUAUUGAGGCUAUUGAGGCUGAUGAAGCUAUUAAAGGAUUUUCACCACAACACAAGAUCUCCAGCUUUGAGGAAGCUAAAGGCCUGGAUAGAAUCAAUGAAAGGAUGCCUCCUCGCAAGGAUGCCAUGCCUUGUGAUGCCAACCUUAUCUCUCUCAACAAGGCGCUCUCUUCAGAGACUAAUGGCACUGACAGCAACGGCAGCAACAGCAGCAAUAUUCAGUGACCGCUUCCCGUUGUGCUGCACGGCAUGAUAACAUGACUGCCGCAACAGCAGUUGGAUGUUCUUGCCUGUGACAACAGCUGCUUGCUUGGUGGGCCGGGUGUUGGAUUCCGUUUACAGCAUGAACAAAGAGAGAUAAUAAACUUUAUUUUGGUGGGAGGGGGGGGAGCAACUUCACCUCCUUGAGAUAUGCCUUUUAAUACUUAUAGAAAAGUGGAAAAGCAAAAUGCUGAUAACUUACAGAGUGAGGGAAAUGAACAUGUUUUCCCUGCUGCAUUGAAGAACUUCUAGGUAUGUUACUGAACGGCCUUUUUAUUAUAAUACUGGACACGGAAACUUUGUCUAUCUUCUUACUAACUGUUGUACGUUUACAGACGCAGCACUAAAAUGGGCGAACAUCAAAACAUUUUUUAACAUAUAAAGAUGUACAAAAUAAGGACUAUUUAUUGAUAAUGUUUUGCUACUCUUGUCAGAAAAAAAAAAGAGCUAUAACAUACAAUAAAUUAGGCAGUCUUAAACGAAUGUUGCAAAUUUGUUAAACAUGCCAAAAAAAAAAAAAAAAGAAAAAAGAAAGUUUAAUUUUGUACAGAUCAUGCUUACCUCAGGUUUAUUUAGUGUGUUUGGAUGCCCUUCUUUCUGUAUAACAGCUUAACUGAUUUGGCCGUGGUUAUUCUUUCAUUUUAAGUUUAAUAACUGGAAUAUUAACAUUAAUCUUAUCAUUUGGCUGUUUGUUUAGUUUUUUUGGGUAAAUCAAGUCUUGGUUGUGGCUUGCUGAAGUUUAAAUAUUUAUGAGUGGUGCAUUUUAAGUAUAGUGAACAAGACACCAUAUUAAGUGCAGUGAAAGCAUCUAUAUUCUGUAAAAAUCUGCCUAUGCAUGUUUUUUUAAGAAACAGAUUGCCUGUAUAGGCCUAUAUGGGACUGUAAUGCGCUUAGUGGUCUGACUUAUACUGGAAAUGUAUUGUAUACUGGCGUUACUUUAUAUUCCCUCAAUGAAACUGCUUAAUGCCUUUGAAUUUUUGUAAUUACACAAGCAUUGAGAAGAGAAUUCUAACUGGGAGAGGAUUCUUAACAUUUUUAAAAUGAGCUUGUCAGUGCACAUGUAAAUGGUUAGCAUGUUUAGCAGACCCUUUGAAAUGGGGAAAACAAAAUUUGUGGUUACAUGUGAAAUUCAAAAUGCAUGAUAACUGUUAGUGUCAUACUGGUUUAGUCAUUUUUAUUCUGUAAUGUGCCACGAGAUGUGUAAUUUUUCCAAAUCUUUCCCCCCUCUUCAUAUUAUCAGUUACGGGUUCGAUACUGGUCCAUUCUGAAAAAGGAAAAAAGCAAAAAAAUUUGAUUGACCUUUUAUAAUGACUGUAUAAGUGCCCAAAUAAUUCACUACAGCCUAAAGCCUUGCCUUUGUAAUUUAACUUCUGAAAUGUUGGCAACUGACGCAUGCACUUGUAACGAUGAAAAAAGCAUUUUAUAUUACUACUCAAUAAAAAUGUGCAUGAACGUAACAAAA